GGGUCGUUAAGAUGCGACGCUAAAACAUGCAGCCCCGGUCAGAGCUCCUGCAAGGGACCUCAGUGACGCUGCGGCAUCCCUCUAAAGACUGUAGACAGCGGACACCUGGCUGUCCUAGGACCCUGGAAGAGCUUCCAUCCUAAUUUCAGUUCUCGUGUCCCUUUCAAAGUCGCACACUGCUACUGUUUCGUAACACACUGUCCCUUUUUACUAAGUCCACCCACGCUCUUUGCGAGAGUUCUCGAAGUCACCCAUGCGGACAUAGACUUGAUUUAUUUCCACUCCUUUGCCUUCCAGGCCUCGAAGCCAUGCCUUUGCGAUCGGUUGCCGACUUACUGCUUUCUGUAGGCCUCUUCGUCGGCCAGGUGUACGCGACGCAAGAGCCCUUGACGGGUGAUGAUCGCGCAGCAUGCCCCAACUACGCGCAAUAUUCUACCUAUCCCCACAAGCCUUUAAGCGAAGGGCCCCUCGCUCUGCCCUACCAACGACCCGAUCCGCGAUGCCGUACUUUCCAAUCCGAUGCUAUCGAGAAGGUCAUCAAGGAUGUCACCUCUCGAAUGAAGGAUCCCGAUUUGGCCCGACUCUUCGAGAACGCCUUCCCCUCAACAACCGAUACCACCGUCAAAUUCCACACCGACGGCACCGACACACGCUUCGUCGAUCUGAACGGCCGCAGUUUGCGCGACGAGGGAAAAUGGGAGGGGCCGCAGUCCUUUAUCAUCACGGGCGAUAUCAUCGCCGAAUGGCUGCGUGACAGCACGAAUCAGCUCUCCCCGUACCAACCACUGGCUAAGAAGGACCCGGCCAUCUUCAAGUUGAUACUCGGGGCCAUCAACACCCAGGCCGAGUACGUCAUCGAGUCGCCCUACUGCAACGCCUUUCAACCCCCGCCGAUCGCGAACCUCCAGCCGAGUCACAACGGACAGGACGAUACCGUACACCCCAUCUACGAACCCUCAUUCGUCUUCGAGUGCAAAUACGAGCUGGAUUCGUUGGCGCAUUUCCUAGCGCUGGGCAAUGACUUUUACGAGCACACGGAAUCGAAAGACUUUUUGACAGGAAGGUGGUAUCUUGCGCUGGAUACCCUUCUCAACGUUUUGGAGGAGCAGUCGCGCUCGACAUUCGACCCGGAGACAGGCCGGUUUCUGAAGAAUGAGUACACCUUCCAGCGCAAGACGGACGCAGGAACCGAGACGCUGAACCUCAAGGGCGUUGGCAACCCCUUGAACAACGGCACCGGUCUCGUCAGGUCGGCAUUUCGACCCAGCGAUGAUGCCACGAUCCUCGGAUUCUUCAUUCCGGCGAACGCUAUGAUGGCCGUGGAGCUGAAGCGAACGGCGGCAAUUCUGAAAGAUGCCGGCAAAGAUGUUCUUUCUCAGACGGUCGACAAGUGGAGCCAAACCAUCACGGAUGGUGUAUGGAACAACGGAGUCGUGAAGCAUGCCAAAUACGGAGACGUUUUCGCGUACGAGGUCGACGGCUACGGCUCUUCAAUCCUCAUGGACGAUGCAAAUUACCCUUCGCUGCUUGCUCUGCCUUUGAUGGGAUUCUUGCCGCCGGAUGAUCAGAUAUACCAGAACACCCGGAAGAUGCUUCUUGAGAAGACUGGCAACCCUUACUAUCUUGAAGGCGCAGCUUUUCACGGGAUUGGAGGCCCUCACAUUGGCUUAUCAAAUGCCUGGCCAAUGAGUCUUUUGAUACAGACGCAGACGUCUGAAAACGACAAAGAGAUCACCGAGUGCCUCGAUUUAGUCCUCCACUCGGCUCGGCUCGGGUUGGUUCACGAGAGUGUCGAUGUCAACCGCAUUUCGUCAUUUACCAGAAGCUGGUUUGCUUGGGCCAACGGUGUCUUUGCUGAGACGAUUCUAGAUCUCGCCCGACGCAAGCCGCACCUAAUCUUUACUGAUGGAAAGCCAUACAGCAUUUAAACGUGGCUAUGACCGCCCGACUAGACAGGGGAGACCAUGCUGAUCUAAGCACAGCAGUGUUGAUGUUGGAUCCGUUAUAGAAUCAUCAACAGAUGGGCUUCAUCGGGCGUGGGGGAACUGGCAUCGCUUUACCUGCAUUUGUUUCAUAUACCCAGAGAGGUCCACGUCGAGAGACGGACAUAUAUAAACAUUCUCCAAAG